ACAAAAAAACAAAAAAAAAGGACGACCCUUCCCAAAAUAUCCAUCCCGUCUUCCCAAAAUACCCCUCUUCUUCCAUUUCCCUUCCCCUCCUGUUUAACCUUUUUCUCCCGCAACAAAACCAAACCCUAUCCCUAAUACUCUUCUCUCUCCUCUCCAUCCUCCGCCGCCGUCUCCCUCUCUUUCUCUCUCUAGGUGGAGACUUGUGGUAGAGGUCAAGACAGAGCUUAAUCAAAGUGCUGGCAGUAAUUUACUGAAUACUGUGAAAAAUGGCAGCUGGUCAACAAAAGAAAAGAUUGAUAAGCUCAAGUCUGCACGAGCAUUACAGAGGGAAGAAGAAAAAGAAGAUGGACUCAUCAGAUUAUGUUUUGAACUUGAGAUCCCAAAUAUAUUUGGAGUGGAAUGAAGGCCAAAAGAAAGCCAUGGCAAAAAGGGAACAAAUUGGGAUAACUUGGACGGAUAUGGCUCCUUUUUUUGAAUCUGUUCCUCGGUGUUCUUCUGGCUUAGCCGAUGUCCUUUGUGUUCCUGGUGAAAUAUAUAGCUUGAAUAAUCUGAUGGAGGUGCUCUCCUGUGAGGUUUGGGCGACAUGCCUUUCAGAAUCAGAAAGAAAGCUUCUAACUCAGUUUCUUCCUAGUGGUACUGGAGCAGAACAAGCAGUUCAAUUACUACUUUCAGGAGAAAACCAUCAUUUUGGAAAUGAUUUUCUCAGAUGGUCGACUUUGCUUUGCUCUGGCUUUCUUCAUCCGGAUGAUCUUCUUCGAAGGGAGCAACAAAUCAGAUCUGAGAGGAAUCAAUAUUGUUUAGAUUUAAAGAAGUAUCAUACUAACAUGAUCAAGGGUCUGAAGACUUGGAAGGAUAGGUGGUUACAUUGCGAGGAUCCUGACGAGUUAUGGAGUAAACCGUUGACCAAGCCCAACGAAAGGACUUCACCUAUUUCUGUGGGAAGGGCGAAAGAAACUCCACAGAAAAUUUUGAUCCGCAAUGGUGAUAUUACAAAAUACAUGUCUUAUAUCAAGAUAAGUAAGACGCAACGUGAGGCGAUAAAAAAUCUAAAACAUUCUGGUGAUGGAAUUCACUCAAAGUCCCUCAGUCGUGUCCUUGGUGAUAUCAACAGCUUUCAUGUGCAUCCAUACGAAGCACUUUUAGGGGAGGAAAAGAAGAGGUUACAUGAGCAUUGGUUGCAAGUAGUUACUAGAGAUAUGCCUGUGGCAUUUGAGGAACGUAAAGAAAAGAAACUGCAAAGGGAACAGCUAAUGAAAUGCUUGGAGCAAGAGCUUAUUGAAAAAAGAGCAGCGAUAACUGAUGAGGCUGAGACAGACAAGCAAGAGAUCUCAGCUGAAGAAGAGACAGAAAAUGGUGAAUCUGAUGCAGAUAAAGAUAUACUUGCUGAAGAAAAUGUCGUCUCUGCUUCUACUAACUCCGACCAUGGUCAUAAGACUCAUAACUUAGAGCGCAUUCCCUCUCUCAACAGCCAUCAAGAACUGAGCCCUGUGGCUUUAGAAAACGAAGCAGCUGGCGAAGAUGUACUAAUCCUCGAAAAUGAUUCUUCAGUAAUCUCACGGUUCAAUGAGAAAGAAAAUAAUGCGGAGGUUCUUCUUGAGACAGAGACAAUAUCCUCACCAGUUAAAGAGCUGUGGCAAACUGUUGAGCCUAUUGAGGAAAACCAAGCUCCCCUUAUCGACUUAGAAAGAAAUAAUGAGCAUGAAGCUGGAGUAUCCAAUUCCCCCUUGUUUCCUUUGUAUGCUAACCUAAACCAAGAUCAUUUUCUUCCAUCAUUUACAAAGGUCCCUGAGAUUUUGUCACCGUAUCCUAAUGAGCAAAUAAACCAAUUAAAACAAUCAGAGAUGCAGUUAUUGAUGGCAAACCAAGGUUUUCCUCGACAAUUUCAGGAGCAACAGAAUAUAAUUGAGCAGAAUAAUGCCAGAGAUCAUCAGAUGACGAACAAGAGUAUCUAUAUCAAUGGAAGGUAUCCAAAUCAAGAACUCAAUUGGCUUCCAGAUAACCACCAGUUUCAAAAUAAUUAUUGGUCAUCUAGUGCUAAUUCUGAUGGGAGUCUAUUCAGUGUUUUAAAUGCUUGCAGAAAUAUACCAUCGCAAUCUCAGUAUAAUACCGUGAAUCCUCAGCAAUCGGUUGAGGCAAGGAAUUUUGGUCCCAAUAAUGAAAUUUACGGUUAUGUACCUCAUCAGUUCAAGAGUUCGAGUAGCCAUGAAGCUGCUGCUACUAGUGCUUCAACAUUGAAUGUUCCUUGGAUGAAUUAUCAGCAACAGCAGAAUUCUGGUUUGCAAGAUUCUAUUGGGAAGCCAUUUGUUAGAAGAUCUUGGAACCAAUAACAAAUGCGUGGUCUUUUAUGAUUUUAUGGUUUUGAAAAUAUUGGGCUAA